CUAUCAGGUCUGAGCUUGGAACUUUCAGUGUCUACUCAAUCUUUGUACUCGAUGGAAAUAGAACGGCUUGACCCUGUAUACGUCAACGAACGGCUCUCGCAGCCUCCUUUUGUCACCAUACCUGGAGUUGUCAAUGUACGAGACUUGGGUGGAUACUCUAGCACGAUCCAUGCGGGCAUGAGGACCCGGUCACGCCUUGUGUUUCGGUCUGCGGAGCUGUCCUCUGUCACGGAAGAGGGAAAGCUCAAGCUAAAGGAGCUAGGAGUAACGACCGUCUUCGACUUGCGGUCAGACACCGAGAUCGAGAGAUACGAAUCACCCAUUCCCGAGGUUCCUGGCGUGCAGAUCUUGCGGGUACCCGUCUUUAAGACAGAGGACUACAGUCCUGAGAUGAUGGCCAAACGAUUUGCCCUCUACGCAAGUGGCAAGACGGAAGCUUUCAUGGAAUUGUACUCGCAAAUCCUCGAUCAUGGGGGACUUGCGUUUGGAGCAAUUCUCCGGCAUGUCAAAGAUAGGCCAAACGAGGGUUGCGUAUUUCACUGCACAGCCGGCAAGGAUCGUACAGGUAUCCUAGCUGCUCUCAUAUUGAAGCUAGCUGGCGUGGCGGAUGAGCUAAUUGCAGAAGACUACUCCCUGACAAGGGUUGGUCGCGAACCUGCACGCCAAAUGGUCAUGGCACGACUAGCCCAAGUCCCUCUGUUUGCUUCGAACACGGAGGCUGCUCUGAACAUGUUCACCUGUCGUGCAGAAACCAUGAUAGCUUUUCUGCAAUUAUUGCAAGACCAGUAUGAAGGAGUCGAACGAUACCUUGAACGAUACGCUCAGCUCUCGCCUGAUGACAUACAAGAAAUCCGCCGGAAUCUCCUAGAACUGCAAUCAUAGCAGUUCCUGGCAUUGUAGUCAGUGUCACGGCAACCUGUCUCCGAAAUACACAACGCGUCGUUUCUCACUCGUCGUGACAUUACUCUACUGUAUCAAUCUUGUAAUACAAAUCCUCAUUGAAUCAUGCAAUAAUAUACCGACAUGCAGGCGAGUCUAACGAGUC